GUACAAAUAAUGUAGUACUGUAGAUCUACACUGUAAUGACUAUGUAGUACAAUCAUGUAGGUACUUGGUAGACACGGCUAAGUAGUAUUCAUGGUAUUCUACAGCCUGCUAUGAUAAUAAAUCUGAAGCAAUCGUCUCCGAUUGACUGCAGAGUCGUCUUCUUCUUCCCACCCGGUCUACGUCUGUAGUCACGUCUGUAGUCACGGCUCUGUUGCUAGUAGUGACAGUGUUGUAGCGGUACCCUUGUCGUGAGCAUCGUGGUUUCGAACGGCGCUAGGUACUAGGUGCUAGCGUCGACGAACGGUGUCCAGCAGUCAGCUUUGUAAAGAAACGUUUGUCCCAGCUGUCGUGCUGUUCACGCACUGUACAAGCAGUAGCAUUGCUUGUGAAGAGCAGCAACACGAUGAAAAGAGGAAAGGGCACCUCAUCUCAGUACACUGCCGCGUCUGCCAAAGACCUUGAGCGAGAGAAUAGACUGGCGGCACAGAAGCUUGAUCUCCUUAAGAAGCACCUGUCGUCAGAAAGGGAGAAGGCCGAGCGUGAUGCGCUUCGUGCGGAGAGUCUGUCGAAUUUUGGUGCGGACAUCGUGUCGCUGGAUCCUCGCAAGCCAAAGCGUCCCCGAGGCACAUUGCCUAGUUUUCCGAGAGAUGCAACCACCGACCUCAGUGGUACAGCGGACGUACCAGUGAAGGCCAAGAAGCAGCCAGCAGCCAAGCCAAAGAAAGUUCGACUCACGUAUCUGAAGGACGAGCCCAUACAGCCACGUCAGCGCUCUAAUGACACUCCGCUCUCUGAAAAGCUGAAGGAGAUUCAGUUGGGCCGACAUGACAACAUUGCAGCACUGAAUGGCACCGUCAAGAUGGGUGUUUCAUCAGCAAUGCACUGCUCACCGUCUGUAGCGCCGCGCGUGUCCGCAAGCACCGGUAUUGGUGUGGGUACGGCUGAUCCUCGGCCAGUCUGUGGGCAGUGUGAGACAGCAGGAGCUUGUCAGAACUGCCUAGACUGCAAGGAAUUGUACUGUUCUGCCUGCUUUACCCGGUUUCAUCAUAAGGGAGCGCUGAGAAGCCAUGUCUCGGAAACCAUCAUGGUAUAUGGCCGAAAAGAGGCUACAUCUUGCCCUGGUGUUUUCAGCAAGAAGACUAGGGCAUCAACAAGCAGUCAGAGCAGUCAGCAAGGUUCAGUAACUGCAGAGGGAGUGGGGACAAGCGAACAAGCAGCCAAUUUCUCCACUGACUCCUUACUUAAUGGCAAGUAUGACGAGCAAGCACAGGCGCAGUCGUUCCAGGAAGCGGUUCGAGCGUGGCGUGAAGGUCGUGAGCCCGCAGACACCCCCACUGCCACCAGCACAACAACAACAACAACAACAACAACAGCAACCGUGACAAACACGGCGAGCACUGCCCUGGAUCGGGACGGCAACACAAGACCGCGUAGUCAACGAGGCGGUGCACUUUGGGGAGAGUACGACGAAGAGGCCAGUGCAGAGGGUUUUGCACGCGCUGUUCAGGAAUGGAGAGAAGGACACAUGGCCACACCGAAAGCAAGUACAAUGAGUGCAUCGGUCGCUCCACCAGAGCCCGUAUCAACUGGCACAUCGUCACACGAUCUCCAGCCUGGCAUGCCGUCGGCGGCCCAGCUGAACCUGGAUUUCGGCAAAAGCCAGCUGUCGUACACGGAGCGCCUGAUGCUUCAGAAACACAAGGAGGGCAAGCUUCUGUCUGAUCUCGCUGCGGAGCAGCCACUGAGCAGGACAACGAGUAGAGUGAGCGAUGAUGUCACUGGUCAGUUUGAUGAUGUCACUGGUCAGUGUGAUGAUGUCACUGGUCAGUUUGAUAGUAGUGUGUCGAGUGAUACCCAGCAAAGCGACUCAAGUGUGCGGACGGUGGCAGAACCAGCACGCAAUGCAUCACCACAUCUGCAAGAUACAUUUGCUCGCUCUGAGGCAGACGCCCUUGAUCUCCUACCAGCAGGAUCCAGGCCAGUGUCAGUCCACUCCCAUAGCCACCGUGCUCCGAGGUCGUCAGUUCCGCUAUUUCAACAUUCUGCUGCGUCAGCCCGUCCAGCUGACAGAGCAUCUAGCAGACAGCAAACGGAUUCUGGUGUACUGCAGCGUGAGGUCGUAAGUGUUUGUUCCCUGCUCGAAGAUGGCCAAGCGCCACAGCCGAACAAGUCGAACACAGAGAAUUACAGACCUCUGUAUAAUUUUCUGAUCGACGACACGGGUGACGCACAAGACACCGCUCUAUCCGUGAGUGAGCCUGAUGGAGAGCCAGACAUGGAACCGCAGAUUGAGAGCGUUGGAUUUCAUCUUGGCUCCAAGGCUGUGUGGAUACCGGACUAUGUCGAUGAGCAGCCUAGCACAGCUCAUGCCAUAACAUGCAGUGCCGCUACUUCCAAUGGUGCGGACCACAUCUGUGAAUCUCACCAAAAUGAACUCCGUCACCAGCUGAGUGACACAAAUGUUGCAACAGACCAAGUUGGUAUCGAUGGAAUCGACGCAAAUGGUUCCGUUACACCAACGGCCAGCACUCAUGCCGAGACUGACCAGUUGCAAUUCAAUGAGGGUGACUUGGAAGUCAUUGACUUUGAUGAUGCUGGCCUUGCGGAUAGCGAUCAUGAUGACGAGCGGUGUUUGACAGAGCUAGCCAGGGAGCUUGCAACUGCGCACGGCUGGAGGGACAUAGACCUUGGCAAGCAGGACGAUGAGGAAGCUGACGAGAACGCCACGGAUCAGCUUGACAGCUGCGCAGAGCGCGAGGCAAGGUUUGCGGCCCUGGAAUCACAGACACAGCUGUGUAUUGACGCCGACAUGGAGGCUCUGCGUGCGGAGAGCGAGGCCGCAGGUGACGUCUUGUAGCCGUGUGCUCUGUGCUGGGUUCAAGGCAGGCUUGAAUGGGAGCCAUGCGUUACCUUACUCCUAUUCCUGCUACUGUCUAACACCGACUGCGUAAAUACUUGACUUAUGAGUACAUGUGCGAUGUUAAUGGUAUCCACUAGUCUGAUAUUACAAUCAAAAUAGUUCAGAGAAAAUGCAACGCUUGAAGCUACUAGUGACUUGAUUGUGUCUUGAUUGGUACUGACGUUAGCUUGA